ACCUUAUGAAACAGUGGUCUAAGAUCGUCUUCUUUCAAAUUUUCUUUGAACCAGCAACUCCCAAUAGCAAACUAGAACAUUGAGCUAGCAUGUCUUCUUCUUCUUCCAAAAAGCAUGAUGUAUUUAUCAGCUUUCGAGGUGAAGACACCCGAACCAAUUUCACUAGCCAUCUUCUUACUGCUCUCGAUGACAACAGUAUCCGAACAUUCAUAGACUACAAGCUUAAAAAAGGAGAUGAUGUUUGGCCAUCACUUUCCCAAGCAAUCCAGGACUCACGCAUAUCCAUUGUUGUUUUCUCAGAGAAUUAUGCUUCAUCGACAUGGUGCUUGGAAGAACUGGUCAAGAUAAUGGAAUGCCGGAAACAUCAGAGUCAGGUUGUGAUACCUGUGUUCUAUGAAAUUGAUCCAUCAUGCGUGCGGAACCAGACAGGGAGUUACGAGGUAGCAUUUACAAACCAUGAACAAGACCUCAAUGACAAUGAUUCCGAUCAACACAAACUACGUAGGUGGAGAGUUGCUCUUACCCAAGCUGCCAAUAUUUCUGGAUGGGACACUCGAAGUCGAACCCUCAGGGAUGACUCUCAAGCCAUCUACAACAUUGUCAAAGAUGUUUCACAAAAGCUAUACUUCCUGAACCCUGAUGAACUGAAAGGCAUUGUUGGAAUUGAUGAAACCUCGAAAGAACUUGAAUUAUUACUGAAAAGCUUUCCAGUAAUUGGAAUUUGGGGUAUGGGUGGGAUAGGAAAAACCACCAUUGCUAAAGUUAUGUUUGCCAAACUCUUUCCCCAGUAUGACAGUGUCUGCUUCUUGGCAAAUAUAAGAGAAGAAUCGGAAAGGAUUGGACUAACAUCUUUACGUCAAGAGCUUUUCAGUAAGCUACUAAAGGAAGAAGUUCCUGCUUCUGAUGUUGUAGGCUCCACAUCCAUUAUGAGGAGGCUCAGUAGUAAACAGGUUUUAAUUGUACUUGAUGAUGUAGAUAGUUUUGAGCAGUUAGAAUCUUUGUGUGGAGAACGAAGUGAUCUAGGAGAAAAUAUUACCCUCAUUGUAACAACAAGGGAUAGGCAAUUGCUUAUUGAAAGAGUUGAUAAGAUAUAUGAGGUCAACAAAAGGAACGAUGAAGAAUCUCUAGAGCUUUUUUGCUUGAAUGCCUUCAAGAAAAGUCAUCCCCAAGAAGGAUAUAAGGAUCUCUCAGAUAGGGCAGUCCAUUAUGCAAAGGGCAUUCCAUUAGCUUUAAAAGUAUUGGGUUCACAUCUCCUUUCCAAAAAUCAUAAAUUUUGGGAAAGUACAUUGAGAAAACUUGAGAAGUAUCCCGAUGUGAAAAUUUUGAAUGUCUUGAAAGUUAGCUAUGAUGGAUUAGAUGAACCAGCAAAGCAAAUAUUUCUAGACAUUGCAUUCUUUUUCAAAAAUAAAGAUAAACAUAUGGCUGUCGGGAUACUUGAUGGUUGUGAUUUUUUCGCAACUAGUGGAAUAGAUGUCCUAGUAGAUAAAGCUCUGAUAACUAUUUCAUAUAACAACAGUAUACAAAUGCAUGAUUUGCAGCAAGAUGUGGCUUCAGAUAUAGUUCGGAAAGAAUGUUUGAGAAACCUUGGAGGACGCAGCCGAUUGAGGGAUGAUGAAGUUUAUAAUGUACUUGAAAAUAACAGGGGGACUGAAAAAGUUGAAGGAAUGACGUUAGAUUUGUCCCAAGUAUUGGUUCUGAAAUUGAGUGCUGACACAUUCAACAAGAUGCCUAAUUUGAGAUUUCUUCAGUUAUAUGUCCCUGAGGGCAAGAGACCAAGUACUGUGUACCAUUGUACAUUUCUUGAGGCAUUUUCUGAUGAAUUGAGGUAUUUUGAGUGGGAUGGAUAUCCUUUUUCGUCUCUUCCACCAAGUUUUUGUGCUAAGUAUCUUGUUGAGAUUCGCAUGCCACACAGCAAUAUCAAAGAAAUUUGGCAAGGAGUACAGGACCUUGUGAAUUUAGAGGCAAUUGAACUCCGUGAAUGCAAACAGUUGCUAAAGCUUCCAGAUUUGUCCAGGGCGUCAAAGCUUAAACGAGUGAAUCUCUUUGGCUGUGAAAGCUUGCUUGAUGUUCAUCCUUCCGUUUUGUCUCUCAGAACACUUGAAACUUUGAUUCUGGACAGGUGCAAAAAACUCAAGAGUCUUAAAAGUGAGUGGCAUUCACACUCACUAGUGAAUAUCAGUGUCAAUGACUGCAUUGUCCUUGAGGAAUUCGCAGUGUCCUCCGAAUUGAUUGAAAGGUUGGAUUUAAGCAAGACGCGAGUCAAGAAAUUACACUCAUCAAUUGGUGGUCUGAGCAAGCUUGUGUGGCUUAACCUACAAGGUUUUUGGCUGGAGAAUCUUCCAGAUGAGCUAUCGUGCCUGACAUCUCUUCAGGAGCUUAGGAUUUCUAGCUGCCGACUACUUGACGAAGAGAAGCUACGUGUCCUGUGUGAUGGCUUGCGAUCCUUAAAAAUACUACAUUUGUGUAAUUGCCGUAACUUGGUUGAACUCCCCGACAACAUCAGCACCUUAUCAUCAUUACAUGAAUUGAGGCUCGACGGAAGCAAUAUUAAGAGUUUGCCUAAAAGUAUCAGGGAUCUUCUAAACCUGGAGAUUUUAUCCUUAAAACAGUGUGUGUUGCUUGAGGUCAUACAUGGGAUUCCACCAUUCAUCAAAGAGCUUCACGCUGGCAACUGUAGGUCAUUGAGGAAGGUAUCCUCUUCAAAGGCUUUUUCAAUUAUCCCGGUGGAAGCAGGGGAGAAAUACAUUUCGUUUGAGAAUGGGGGGGAUAUGAAUGAAUGUUCACGCCUCUGGAUUAUGGAAGAAGCCCUGUUUGAUAUGAAGAUUGCUGCGCUGCAAAAUUUAUUUGAAAGAUGGGGGAAACUUCUCAAUAAGUCCCACCAAAAUUAUAGCAGUGUUAAGAUCUGUUUACCAGGAAGGAGAGUCCCGAGGCAUUUUUCAUAUCGAGUCGAACAGUCCUCCAUUACCAUUAAACUUCCUAACACACGUUCUGACUUGCUAGGCCUGGUUUACUCUCUGGUUCUUACUCCUGCUCUAUCAGCUGGAAUGAUGGAAGAUGCUAAAAUCCGUUGUCAAUGUCGUUUGGCAAACGGUACAUAUGUGGGCAAAGCGACUAUGUGGCAUAGUGUUUCCUUGUAUGGAUUGGAAUCCGAUCAUGUUUUUAUGUGGUAUGAUCCAUUCCACUGUGACAGAAUUCUCCGCUAUUAUAAACAACUUGAUUCAGUUGUUUGCUUCGAGUUCUUUGUUACAUAUGGUACUGAGGAACCUCAUCAGAAGAUUAGUAUCGUAGAGUGUGGGGUCCACCUACUAAGUGUCUCGCAGUUAGAGUUUCGCAAAUUCUUGCGAGAAUCAAGGAUAGAGUUGGAGUUGAAGUUGGAGUUGGGGUUGAGGUUUGGAUUGGUGUUAGACUUGGCGCGGAGAUUUAGUGAAGUGGAGUGGGGGUUAUACCAAGCAUUGGAGAUGGGAUGUGAAGUGGACGGAUCAUUGAGAUUAGAGUUAGAAUCUCGACGUCGGGCAAUUUUAAGGUUAAUUGAUGGUUUGUAAGAUUGAACAAAAAAUGGAAGAAAAAAAUGUGGGAAAUAAAAGAUGAGAAGUGUAGUUCAUGUUCCUAUACAAUGGCUGCAUAACUGGUAUGAAUCUGACUCCUCUUUCACUCUUUCCCUCUUGGAAAAGUAAUGAACAAACUUGUGCACUUGCAAGCUGAUGUUUUAUCAUUUACUUCCAUGUUCUGUUAGAGGGAACUUAUGCAGCUGAAGGCAUAAGAUAGAUUUGCACUUGCAAGCUGAUGAGACAUUCAAUAUGAUGACUUAGUUUUUAUUUUUUAUUUUUUGAAACUCUAUGAUGACUUAGUUAAUAUUUAUUAGAUUGUAUGUACUCUCAUGUAUGAAGAGAUCAGUUACUGUGUACCA